AUGGCUGCGAUGAGUCUGAGUGUAGGCGUGACCAUAGUGGCCCUGAAUGGCGAUUCACUAGGCUUUCGGUGGUGGAGGUUAGCAGCACGACAGUUGGUGGUGCGAGGUGAUGGGAGGUGGCUGGAAUCGGGGGUGGAAGAGUUGCGGUCGGGAGGGGGUGUGCGGGUUUUUUUGAAGAAGAAGGUGAAAGGAGGAGGAAAAAGGUGA